AUGAUAACUUUCCUGUUGAGAUAGUUCAAAAGGCAUUGUUGAGCACCAAAGUCCCGUGGUUCCAGUAAGAGAGCAGAAUCACAUGGCAGUCCUGCAUCCACAUGUUCUUUGAUGUGUUGGAAGUUUCUGACCUUUAGAUAGCUCCUAAACUUCCAAUUCCAUUUAUUUAAGUAAAGUGGAAAGUAAUGAGAACAGAGAGUUAGAAUGAUCAAUCUUGCUGUUCUCAGAAACCAUGACUUGACUUGGCCAUGAAGAGUGCUAGAAUCAGGUAGAAAUUAUUGAUUUUCUUCUUCAUGACUAAUAAAUACUUGCAUUAUUACAAUAUAUUGCAUUUUUCAAGUUAAGAUUUUAGAUCUUUGAUUUACAGCUGAAUUAAAAAGAGAUUUUGCUGUAGUAAAACCAGAAGAUGUCAGCACUACCACAGCAGCUAUAGGAAGACUAUUCUAAAUUUGGCUUUAAUUUGUAUGAGCAGAAAUAGUAGAUUUUUUCCCCUGCUUUUUAAGCAUUUAUACUGGUGAUGUAAAAUUAUUCAGUAGUUAACUUUGAAGUCAGCACUUUCCUGAGAUUACCUUUCCUCCUUAAUUUCUCAUUCUUCUAGCUGACAAAUUGUAGUGCUUUUGUAUAUGAGACUUUAAGUUGAAACAUCUAAAACAACUGCUUAGCCUGCAUCUUAAGUAGGGUGCUAAAAACCUAAAUUCAAGCUUAUUUGAUGCUUAACUUGGAACUUGCCUUGUAAAUUUUUUGCAGCUGUACUAUGUGGUAUUUAGAAAAUUAUUGUUUUCAAAUCUGCCUUAAUGAGAAGCUGCCGAUGAGAAUUCUGUAAGUAGAGAAGUGUUCUGUAAAAGUGAUUUAAACUUUGGUUACAGCAUGAGUAAUUUAAACUUUGUGCCUGUCUUAGUGUAUUGAGUUUAUCUCAAUGUAAUGAAAUACUGGUAGAAAUUUCUUCUGCGCUGAAAUGCUGUACAUCUGAAAAUAAUAGAUGUUACUUGGUGUUUGGUAUUCUUCAAAAGUAUGGUGAGGAAACUGAUCAAGUCUUGGAGCAAAACUACUUUAAACUGUCUUGUGGGAACUGUAUUGUGAAUGCAGUGCAGGCAAGCUCAAGAGUAGCAUCUUAUCAGCACAGUGGUGGUGGUGGGUUUUUUUUACUGUCAGUUUUCUUAAUUUUUUCAUCUGUCCCUUAAGAAUAAAGUCAUCAGUUUAGAUUUUCUUUUAGGUUUAGUGUCUGUUUACAGUGAACUGUGUAAUUGCAUCAGAUGGCCCAUUCCAUAGUGACUGUAGCAACUAUAUUCUUUUGAUUGUGCCGGGUACCUUGUGAAACUUCUUGUGCUUCAUCUCAGUGUCCUGAAACAAAUGUGUAAAGAACUAUGCAUAUAAUUCAGUGUUACUACUAAUCAUAAUCUUGUCUCCAAGCAAAUAUUUAAAACUCAUUGUUACAAACACACAGGAGAAACUAACUGUAUGCUGAGAAUAUAAUCAUUUUACUGCAAGAGAGGACAUGUUUCAUGAGGAAAGUCAUAUGAUUCAAGCAACAAGAAACUACUCUAAACAGCAUAUUAGUCAAAGGACGAACAGAAAGAGGGAGAACUGGGAGGACAAUUGCUGGGGGCAACUUCUUGGAGACUGUAUGCACAGGAACAUACUGCCAGCAACUGAAUGGUGCAGGGGCUGAACAAUUCAAACAAGGAGAGUCUGACCCUUAAGAGGAGCUGGGUUGCUACCUUCAGAAAUUUUAGUUCUGUUUUCUGGGGGAGGGAAGCAGGGAAAUAUCAGUAAAAUAAGCUUAACUUUUGGUCAUUAGCAUGUAAUUUUUCUCUGGUACUGCAGUUUUAUUAACACCCCCACCCCCCCAAAACCAGUCUUGUAAUUUUUUAUUAAUCAGCUUGUAUAGUGUAGGUUUAAGCAUUGCAGGAUGUUUUAAAAUCAGUCUGUGACUGUAAUCAAGUCAGGAGAAGAGAAAUUGAGGUUUGUUGUGAAGGGUGAUCCCACAGAACAGUAAGGGUAACUUGUUUCUUUUUAUCCAUGCAAAAAGUAAAUUGUCUCUCUGGCUUAAUUAGCAGUAGGUUAGCAGUCAGAGUUUGUACUUACUGGUAUUCUGUGUUGAUUGCUUCUUUGCAUGUAAAAAUAUAAUUUCCUGUUUUGAUUAGCAUUGAUUUUCUUAACAUCUUCAUUGAUAAGUUUACUUGUUGCUGCCAAUCUUCAGAGCCAGCACUGCCAAGGGAGUCAACAGCUUGGAUUUAUAUGUCAGCAGAAUGGUUUAUUAUGUUCCAUUAUUGGGAAGUCCUUGUUGCUGGUGAUGGGUGAGCCUGGAAAAACACAGCUUGACUUGCACUUGACAGGUUCCUCUUUAGCCCACUGUCCUGAAAACAAGAGGUUCUGGCUGAACAGGAGUCUCUAUUAGCAAUUCAAGUUGGCUGGAAAAUGGAAGGCGUUGAGUUUAAGGAAGAAUGGCAAGAUGAAGAUUUUCCAAGGCCCCUGCCAGAGGAUGAUCCUGUUGAGUCAGAUAUAUUGGCUGCAGCUGGAGAAGAAAGUGAAGCUGAGGUUAAUAGAACUAAAGCGAGGAAGAAACUAAUGGCUCCAGAUAUUAGCUUAACUUUGGAUCACAGUGAGGAAUCUGUUUUGUCUGAUGACUUGGAUGAGAGUGGAGAGAUUGAUCUGGAUGAUUUAGAUACUCCUUCAGAAAACAGUAAUGAGUUUGAAUGGGAAGAUGAUCUUCCAAAACCAAAAACUACUGAUGUAAUUAGGAAAGGAUCACUUACUGAAUACACUGCAGCAGAGGAGAAAGAUGAUGGUCGACGCUGGCGAAUGUUUAGGAUUGGAGAACAGGACCAUAGGGUGGACAUGAAGGCAAUUGAACCAUAUAAAAAAGUUAUCAGUCAUGGUGGUUAUUAUGGUGACGGGUUAAAUGCCAUUGUUGUGUUUGCUGUUUGCUUUAUGCCCGAAAGCAGCCAGCCUAACUACAGAUACCUAAUGGACAAUCUAUUUAAGUAUGUAAUUGGCACUUUAGAACUGUUAGUAGCAGAGAACUAUAUGAUAGUUUACCUGAAUGGUGCAACAACACGGAGAAAAAUGCCAAGUUUGGGCUGGCUUAGGAAAUGUUACCAGCAAAUUGAUAGAAGGUUAAGGAAAAAUCUGAAAUCAUUAAUCAUAGUUCAUCCUUCUUGGUUCAUCAGAACAAUUCUGGCCAUCACAAAACCUUUUAUUAGCUCAAAAUUCAGCCAAAAAAUUAGGUAUGUCUUUACCCUGGCAGAACUAGCUGAACUCAUCCCCAUGGAAUACGUUGGCAUCCCAGAUUGCAUAAAACAGUAUGAAGAAGAAAAGUUUAGAAAGAAACAGAAAAGAGUUGACCAAGAGCUGAAUGGAAAGCAAGAGCAGAAAAGUGAACAGUAAGUUUGGAGUCCAAACAAGACUGAAGAAUAUGCAGAUGGAAUUAUGCGAUUUUUGCUCUAUUUGCAACGCAUUCUCUGUGUGUGUAUAUAUUAUAUAACCUAUUGAAAAAGGUGCUUAACUUCUUUGGACUAGCACAGAAUGGACUGCUUACUGCUGUAUUGGUUUGUCUUGACUUUAAUAGCUAUGUUUAUGUAAUCAUUUUAUACUGCUAAAUGUCAACCCUAUGUUUUCAGAGGAUGUUCUUGCAAUUGUUUAUCUAAAUGAUGCAUGUUCUUCUGUAAAAUAUUUAUAUACCUAAAUGUUAAAGGAAAGAGAUAAUAUAUAUUUUUAUGACUGAGCAAUAUAUUGUGUGUACCUGCUGAAGGAAUUCAUUUGCAGGUAGAUGAUGCCAUAAGUUACUUGUUGUUAUUGUAUAAAUCUGUUUUGCUGUAAAUGGUCAAGUGCAUUUCUUUGUUGCCACAGAAACCUUAAUUUGUUUGGAUAUUAACAAUCACACAGUGUAGUCUUUCACAAGUGUAGAGAUCCUUAUUUUUGUUCACAGACCUAAUACAAUCAUUAUGCACUGACCUCACUAAAGUGAGUUUGAGCUUUGAUGUCUGUUAGUCCAUUUUUCAGAAUGCAGGACUGUAGUUCUGUGAACUUCAGUCUGUUGGCCAAAGGAUUUAAGCCUAAGCCACAAUAGAAGCUGAACUGUUUGAAUGACUAGUAAGAUAUCAGACCUUUCUCAACUUAAGUUGCAAAUUUAGAUUCUGCUUCAGUAAAUCAAGGUUAUCUCAGCUACCAUUAGGAAAUAAGUACAGUGCAGUUCUUCCUGGAUGAAUAUAGGUUGUCACCAGUAGGAACUCUAGUCAUACUCAGUAAAGCUUGGGAGUUACACAGAUAUUCUAGCCAUAAUAUCAGUUGUUUGCAGAAGUAUGGGGGAUCUUACGCUAUCUUGUAGAUAAAACAUCUUGGUUUGGCACAUGAUACAAGCACUAAUUGCACUUAAUAGAAAAGUGAUUUAAAGGUUGGUGUGUUUUUCUUUCCCCACGAUUAUAGUAAACUUGUGUCUGUAAGAGGCGUUCUUGGACACAUAACUAGUGUAACUAGGGCACCAAUAAUGCACUGGUUGAUAUGUUGUAAAAGUUUGUAAUGUCUUUUGGUAAUCAUUGCUAUUUCCCUCUAAGGACAGGUACAUGCAAAUAAAUCCAUUCAGGAAUUGAACAAUAUAAUAUUGUAGCCAAUAUGUUAAAUCUUCACUUUUGUUUUUUAUUGUGUUCACAAUUUUGUCUUAAUGUCAAAAAUAUCCAUUCUCAAUUAUAUUAAAAGUUAGUGUUACACAGUUCUCUUAAUUAAAAAAAGGUUACAUUCAACCAAAGUACUACCUGACACUGAUAAAUUGUAGUCAAGAGAUCAUUCCAGGGUCAAGACUUAUUACCAAUUAACAGUUAAUCUACUAUCUAAUGACACCUGUAUAGGCUCCGAGAGCAUAUUCAUGUCAGAUGAGGGCAAAUGGCCCAUGUCUCUGGGAGUUGAAGUCUGCAAUUCAAAGACUUUCAUCUCAAGAUCUGGGUACUUCUGUUAUGGUAGCUUCUGUAUCACAGUUUCAAAGAGAUUAAUGUGCAGGGUGUUCUUUUUCAACAGGUAGUGCUAAUUUUAAGUUGCCUUGAAUCCAUUUUAUCAGGUUUGGAUCUUGUUCUGAAAGCAGAACACAAAUGUGAAGAGUUUCUUUCGGGCUGUCUUAUCUCCUGCUUCAAUUUCAGUGUUGGCCCAGAUUAACUCCCAGUCAGUAAAUUGGACACUUACAGCCUGUUUACUUCUGAUACUUUCACAGUACAGUGUAUGAACAUGCACAUAUGUAAACCUGCCUGAUUUUUACUGAUUCUCUGUGGGUCCUAAGUUAGAUAACGAAGCAUUCUGAUCAUCUCAUUUCAUUUUUUUCCUAAUGAAAAAAAUUAUUAUUCUUGGUAAAUUCAUAUUCUUAGUGGAAGGAUUGUACUUCUACGUGUCCUGUUCCUUCCUAUGUGUAUAGUGUAGUACAGAGUAGCCAGUCCUAUGUAUAAGCCGUACUGCCAAAUGAUGGGAUUAUUAUUGUUGUCUUUCCUGGUGGCUGAGUGAUUCUGUAGUUUCAUGCUGCAGUAGUAUUGUUUCUCUUGGAAAUGUGUAUGUGCUUACCAAAUGGUUUAUUUCUCUAGUAUAUGGUUUUGGGUUUUUUUUUAAAAUUAAUAUACAGCACAACAGUUCUUCUGUCCCUAAAGAUAUGCAGCUUGAGAAACAGUUGUACUAAAGACCUUUUGCAGCUCAUCAUUUAAUGGUGAGGUGGAUGUUUACAAAAAACAAAGAAGUCCCAAAGUUAGCUCGAACACAAAUGGAUAACUUUUUGGCAAACUUAUCUUUUUAUCUAUAAAAUAAUUAAUAUAUUUUAAUAUUUAAAAGUUGGAAUGUCAUACUGUUGUUAAAAUUAUCUCGAAACCUGAAUCACUUUGUGAUAAGAGAUGGUAUUGUAGGGAAUUCGCCAUUCAAUUGUACUUCCUUCUAAAAAUAAAACUCAUGUUGCCAUAUGGUUUGAGUGCUAUCAAGAAAAGAUAAUUUCAUGAGUCACUAUCUUUGAUUUGGAAGUCUUAGGGUUUUUUAUAUAUGUGGUAAUAAGUAAUUAUCUUUUAUUAUUACUACAUGCAACUGAAAGAGAUGUUUGGGCCAGCAGCCUCUCUGUGGAUGUCACAUUUUGUAAAUUGGUUUCUACAACAGGAUAAGCGUUCAGAAGUGGCAAAUAUAUUUUGAAGAAAGUGUCGUUAAAAACUGAUGUUAAUAGACUCUAGAUUGCUUGAAUGUUCUUGAUGUUCUGUGUAGUAUGGCAAAGCCAUGUUAGUUUGGAAAGUAAUGGAGAGGCAUGUGUAAGGAUUUAGUGCUGAAGCAGAUUGAAGUCUUUGAGGUUCUGGGAUGUUAAAAUGGAGAUUUCUUUGGUUCCAAAAAGCUUAGAACUGGUUAGAAUAAUAUGUAAUCUUGUUUGUAACAAUGCAGUUUAGAAAAUUUUUUUAUUUUCAGUGGAUGAGUAAAGAAUAGUACUUCUUGCUGCAAGGAACUUUGUAUUGAGAAGCAGUAGUUACAUUCUGAAUUGCAUAUAGCCUGUAUUUUUUAGCAUGUGUCAGCAAGUUUGUUGCAUUGUACACUUAAGUGCUUUAAUGAUGACUAAAGAACUUUCAACAGUUAGUGUCAGACUUCAAGAUUAAUUACAUGUUGGUGGUAAUGGAAUCUUUGUGAAAUGACCUGGAAGUGUGUCAUAGGGAGGAGAUUGUGGCAUUGGUGCCUAGUCAUGUCAGCUUCACUGAUGUCAUCCACUGAAAUGCCUGUAGUUAACUGAAAAUAAUGGAGCUACAUUAUGAAUGGGCACUUUCUAAGCUAAAUCUGUCACAUAGUAGUAAGUUUCUCAGUGAAAAGUGUAUUGUUCCAGUGUCAAACUUUUGUCGGUGUAUCCUAUGGAUUUAUACAGUAUUUAUUAUGUAGGAUGGCUUAAAUGCAUCUCUUAGGAAAAGUUGUUGUUUUUGGAGAUGACUUUGAUUCUCAAGUCAUUCCAGUCUCCCUCAGAAAAGUCUCACAUAAGGAACAGAGGGGAGAGCGGUAAUAGCUUGCGUGCUUUUUGUAACCGCCCAAGUCUUACAAAGCUUUCAGUGAAAAUUCUUACUCAGUCCUUGUGAAUGCAGGUCAUUCUCUGGAGGAUUUGUUUCACCGACUGGUUGUCGGAGACGCUUGAAAUAAGUGCUUUAAUUAUACUUUUUAAGGAUGCCAGGUUUUAGUCAGAGUAGCACUCAGAAAUGUAAGGAAUAUUUAAAUAUUUGUAUUCUGAAGGACGGAUUUCGCAGCUUUCCUAGCUUCAAAAUUGUAAGUUUUGAACUACAUGGUUUCCCUUAUUGCAUCUUGUUCCCUAUAUUGAGCUAACAUGGAAAAAGGAUGUUUGUGAAGAGGAUACAGUUGUAUUACAGUUUUUUCAUCAUUCCCUUCAGCCAUGACUGAGACCAGUGAAAUUAAAGACAUUCUUCGCUUAACUAGAUUGGGUUUUUUUGCAAUUUCAACUGCCUGGUUUAUUCUGAUUUAAAUACACUGAUUUUAUUUAGUAUUGAAAAUUAUCUGAGAAGUUGCUUGAGUGUUUUCAAAAAGUCAAAUCCUUAUCUUACCAUGCUCCUUACUCUAGCUUGCUCACCUGCUAGUUAAUAUUUAUGACAUGGAAUUCCAGGUUAAUAAUUA